AUGAGUCCCUCCAUCACCUACAACACCAUCACCGAUGAUUGUUCCCUUACCACAUACCCGCCCACUACCGUUGGCAACAUCGUCUUUUCGACUGCCGAUGUAAGGUGUCUGUGUGGUUCAAGCAUGGUCGGUCUAUACACGUAUCCCGCCGAGGAUUACGUGGCUGCCGUGAAGUGCGCAACCACCAAAUCCACUACCUCUGGCCUCAUCUUCGACACUGGUGCUACACCUCCCCCUAAGCCGCCACACCUCAGGCUUGCCGUCGUCGCCACCAAUACCAUGGCUCCACCGUCCACCACCCAAUUCUCCACAGAUGGCUGUUCGCUCUCCACCUACCCAGCCGGCACCAUCGAAGGCAUUGUCUUUCCCACCGCCGACGUCAAGUGUCAGUGCGGCGAGCACGGCGCUGUCAUGGCCGGUGUCAGCACAUGGACCUCUGACGGUACAGCCUUCACCGCGUGUGCGACUGCGGCACCAACCACUUCCCAGCCCCUCACAACCUCUAUUUCCGCCUCAUCGGCUACUGUCCAGUUAAGUACCGCUACCACUACCAUGGGCGAGGGCCAUGCCAUCGUCACUCAGGGCGCCGGUGGGGCUGAAGGCGGUGGCCCGUUCGAUGCGCAGACCGCCGGUGCCAAGGGCAAGAUGGGAUUUGCUGGAGCGCUGGCUGCUGGCCUGGCUCUGGCUGCCACUUUUGCUAUGCUUUGA